AUGUCCCAGACCUCGGGGGCCCAAGAAGAAGCAUCAAGCAUAGGAGCGGGCCGAAAAAGUCCCCAGCCUAUCGUUUUGUGUCGAUUUCUUUCAGGAAUGGUGGUAAAAGAAGAAAUUGGUUUUCAUGAAAUCCACUACAUAGCCUUCUCACAUGUCUGGGGUGACGCCCAUUGGACUACGCUGAACGGCAUCGCAGACCGGGUCAAAGUUUCCAAGUCGAAGGCUCGCUUCUUGGAGCAUAACCUGCAGAACCUUGUUGGGAACAGCUACUUUUGGAUGGAUGUCCUAUGCAUUGAUCAAACAAAGGAUGAAGAAAGGAUCAAAGUGACAACUAUUAUCCCGCAGAUCUUCGAACACGCUCAAAAACCCAUUGUGAUUCGAGACGGGUCGGGUUAUGUUUCGUGCUGCGCACUCGCCUUUGGGAACCUCUCGACCUGGGGCGACUACAAUGCUGGUGUUAGUAGAUGGCGUAAGCACUGGACCGACGAACAUAAGCAUCACUUGCUUAAGGAAGCUAACGUGGACUGCUUGUGGGCCUUCUCGAGAGCAUGGGCUUCGCACGGGAAACGCAAAAAACCUUCGGCGGACGAGCAACUAUCUUUUAUAUCUGCUUUACUGAACAACGGAGUGGUCUUGCGGGAGUUUCCUGAGGGAUCGUCUCUAUCAGGUGCUAUAGAAGAGGGAUUCUUUAUUCAGAGCAAUAGUACGCGGAGAGCCACAAAGGCAAGAGAUCUCAUUCUAUCCACUAUGUCACAGUAUGACUGGUACUUGGCACCAUCACCUCAAAUGGUGCGACAAAUGGGUUUCGGACCGCUUUUUCGAGAUUGCUUUGCCCAAGCAAGGCAUGCAAAUCGCGCAACCCUACCCAAGAUUAUGGCUGGCAUGGUGGGAGAACAGGGUGAUUCAUUGGAAACUUCGAAUGUACCUGAACCAGAACUCCUGGGAGAUCUGGUCAAAUUGUUUGGGCUGGCGACUGACGGUGCCCUUCAGCACGAUGCAGAUUGUACACUAGGAGUCGAACUAGGCCCGGUCGUGGUUCGCAGCAUUGAAUCAAGCGACAUGUCAACCAUCUUACGGAUCUUGGAAGGGAGCCUCGAGUUCUCAAAGUCUGCCUGGGGGCUCGCUGGAAGAGGCGAAUUAAGUCUGCACGAGGCCUGGCCGGACGUUAAAGUCAUUUCCGAGGCCGAGGACGAAGAGUUAUCCAGAAAUGACAAUCUACGCCAUAACAAUGCAAUUCAAUUCCUCAACCUCAUGGUCCUAGGGAUUUUUGAUGGAGGUGGCAUGCAGAUGGAUUCCGACUCGUUUAAGAGGGAUCUUAUUUAA